AUGUCGUUAUGCCAGAAUCGCCUGCAGGAGGAGCGGAAGCAGUGGCGCAAAGACCAUCCGUUUGGUUUCUAUGCUCGGCCACAGAAGAACUCCCAGGGAGUGCUUGACCUCAAGAUCUGGGAAUGUGGCAUUCCUGGCAAGGAGAAGACUAUCUGGGAGGGCGGCCUCUUCAAGUUGGUGGUAACGUUUCCGGAUGAAUAUCCCACGAAACCCCCGAAGUGCAAAUUCGUGCCACCGCUCUUCCACCCCAACGUCUACCCCUCCGGUACAGUUUGCCUCUCAAUUUUGAACGAGGAGGAGGCGUGGAAGCCGGCGAUCACAAUCAAGCAAAUCCUCCUCGGCGUCCAAGACCUCCUCGACGACCCCAACCCGGAGUCCCCGGCCCAGGCUGAGGCAUACAACAUGUUCAAGCGGGACCGCGUGCAGUAUGAGAGGCGCAUCAAGCAGAUCGUGCGGGAGAAUGCGGCGCCGUAG